CGCAAGAUUGAACUCAAAUGAACGACUCAGAUACAUGAAGAAACAUUGUAACCUUGAUCUCAAUCCACUUUAUAAAUACCAAAAACAUUAGCGAGUUAGCUCAGUUUCAUUUCCUCUCUUACAUCAAUUAACGGUGGCAAAGAUAGAUUCCGAUCGAAAGAGAAAGAAAUCGUCGAUUUCGGCGGCAGAGGAGGAAAACGGAAAGCACAAGAAAGAAACGAAGAUGUCUUCAUCAAACAGACAAGGCGGUGGUGAAGUUAGGGCAUCGCACAUAUUGAUAAAACACGAAGGUUCUAGAAGGAAAGCUUCGUGGAAAGAUCCAGAAGGUUACGUCAUCAAGAACACUAGUAGAGAUAGUGCCGUUGCUAUCCUUAAGGCAAUGCAAAACGACAUCGUUUCUGGUAAGGCAACUUUCGAAGACAUUGCUUCUCGUUACUCAGAUUGUAGCUCUGCUAAACGCGGCGGCGAUCUCGGUGCUUUUGGUCGUGGCCAGAUGCAGAAGCCAUUUGAAGAUGCAACUUUUGCUCUUAAAGUUGGUGAGCUUAGUGACAUUGUGGAUACUGACAGUGGAGUCCACAUAAUCAAGAGAACAAAUUGAUUAUUACACGGAGUAAUCUUCAUUUAGAGAGAACGGUAGCAUUUAUAGAUGAUUCUCGCGAUUGUUGUUCAGCUUAUAAUGUGUCGAUAUAUUGAUGAUUUAGACAUGACUGAGCCAUGUUUUUUUGGAUGAUAUAUUGUUUUCACAAGAAUUAAAAACCUGUAUCUGUAUGCUUGUAAUUUUGAAUGACAUUCAUGGGGCUUGUACUUUGUACUCUAUUGUCUUUGGCAGGAUUCUGUCGUGAAUUCCAUCACCACCAACUAUAAACACGGUUCCAUUGCUACCUAAGAUAUGCAAUUAGUCUGGGUUU